UCGUACGGUUCUAUUCGUCUACGAUAUUUCGAAGAUAAUUUGAAGCAUCAUGCCGCCGAAAGUUAGUGGAAAAGCUGUGAAGAAAGCUGGUAAGGCGCAGAAGAAUAUUAGUAAGGCUGACAAGAAGAAGAAGAGGAGGAGGAAGGAAAGCUACGCUAUUUACAUUUACAAGGUGUUGAAACAAGUACACCCUGACACCGGUAUAUCCAGCAAAGCGAUGAGCAUCAUGAACAGUUUCGUCAAUGAUGUCUUCGAACGCAUUGCAGCAGAAGCAUCAAGAUUGGCGCAUUACAACAAACGUUCUACAAUUACAUCUCGUGAAAUUCAAACCGCUGUAAGACUUCUACUUCCCGGAGAAUUAGCAAAACACGCAGUCAGUGAAGGCACCAAAGCAGUCACCAAGUACACCAGCUCAAAAUAGACAGUCAAAAACAGUUUAAGAAACGAAAACGGUCCUUUUCAGGACCAAAAAAUUUUCAAACAAGAUGGAACAUUUACUUACGUUCUGAACAUAAUUUGUAGCACGAUACUUUAUAUUUUUUCAUAUACAUACAGACAUACACUUUGCUUUAGAAUAUUUAACCACGAGAUAAAAUGGUAGUGAAUAUAUUUUGUAUAUUUUGAUUAUUUUAAAUUUAAUACUAUGCACGCGUACGCAAGCUUCGAAUUAUGCAAAUUUUGAUACUGUGAUAGCGCAUUUUAGUAGUGUUAUAUAUAUAUAUAUAUAUAUAAGAAAUUAAGGUAGAAUGGUCUUGUUUAUUAUAAAAUUGAUCUUUUGUUAAUACAAUGAUUAAUAAUACAAUUUUAUAUAGAAUAAAUUUUUAUUUCUUAACUGCAUAAUUAUUUAUAAAAGAGAAAUCAUUUGAUGCUUGAAUAUACUUCAGUUUAAUUGUAUGAUUUUCAUUGAUAAAACGAAGUUACGUUUUCGUACCUUUUAUAUUCUAAUAAAGGAUACGUAGAUAUGAUUCAUCUUGACAGAUUCAUCAUGAAUCAUGAUAGUGAUUGUUAGGUAGUUGAUAUUAUAAUAAUAUGAAUGUAUUAAAUACAAGUAUAUUCGGCUAAAAUUUAACCUUAAAAUGUAAACAUUAAAGACAACCUUAUUUAGAUUUAUUUCUUUAAAAAUUGAAAAUUUUGCGCACUUUUUGAUAAGUGUGAAGUUACGUGUGAUACUCAUUUUAUUUUUCACCAGAUCGUGACUGAGUAACGAAAUUCCCUAAAAAGUUUAUUAAUCACGUAUGCUAGGUUUUCAAAACGUGUGUAUGCCAAUAACUUUCUAUGAUAGUACGUAUACUACUUGCGUAGUAUGGAAACGUUGUGAUUACAGCUAUAAAGGUAGGAGCGGGAUUAUUGCGAGUGAUUCAUUUGUACUUACGUUUAUUUAUAAGAAUUUUAAGUGAUCUGAUAUUUGACACGGUAGUUAAAAAAAUUUCGUGGAAAUUUCUUUAUUAAUCAGUGACAAACUAACGUAUUUGUGAAAAACUGUAAACAUGUCUGACGAGAAGAAGG